AGUUGGUGUUGGGUUGUUGUGCUUCCGUGUUUUGUCAUUUGAUGAAUUGUUGCACUUGCGAUUUGAGGAGUUUUUGAGAUUUCCGCUUCGCCGAAAGGAAAAUUUCAGAGCUCAAAUACAAUUCAACACUCUGUUAUACAAACCUUUAAAUCAUCCACAGUAUGGAUGAAUCCCGAGUCUUUCGGUCGAUGUCGGUCUUCCUGCUGUUGUGUGUCGCAUUCAGUAGCGCUACUGCGCCCGCAACAACUACAGCUAAACCUACAACUAAACCCACAACUCCUCCACCUGUUCACAAACCAUGCAAUACUCUGACUUCCUGUGAUACCUGCCUCUCCAAUGUUUCGUGUUUGUGGUGCCAGACCAACAACAGCUGCACAGAUUAUCCCGUGUCGUAUGUGAUUCCUCCGGCGUCGGUGUGUAAACUCUCUCAGGCCCGCUGGGGUGUUUGCUGGGUGAACUUCGAGGCUCUGAUCAUCGCGAUGGCCGUGGUGUUGGGAAUGCUGCUGCUGGCGAUCGCCGUGUGUUGCUGCUGCUGCUGCUGUAAACGCAGGCGCUCAUCAAGUUUUGACCGUGAUGAUGAGCAGUUUGCCCGUCGAAGAGAAGAGAUCAGACAGCGAGCAGAUGAGCGGAAGGUGGAGAGGAAGACGAAGCAUGAUGAAAUCCGCAAGAAGUAUGGUCUCAUCCCAGACUCCGACCACCCUUACAGCAAGUUCGAGAACGAGUAAAACCGAGGGAUUGGACGUCCAGGAAACACUUCACCAGAUGCUUUGCUUUGCUCUUUUGAGACACGUCAAAUCACUUUAGGUUAGAUGAAGCUGGAUAGCAGCCGAAACUGAGAUUAACCCUUCCACUGGUUAGUUAUCUCUCUCUGUGCUCUGAUUUGACACUUGCUGAAUUCAGAACUAGGAUACUACUCGUACUACUUUUAUCCUAUCUUUGUAUGGCAGAAAUAGUAAGAGUAGCACACUAGUACAGUUCCUCGAUAUUUUUCUUUUCCCUUUUUUUACUCUAAACACAACAGAAUCACAUUUAAAUUGCUUUAGAUCAAAUUGCAACUGAUGAAAAUGGCCAAAAUGGAGUGAUUUUUUUUUUUUUUUGCGUGUGUUUCUUUGUUUUCUUAUAGUGAGUUUAAGGACUAGUUCUCCAAAAAUGUAAAGUCUGUCAUUAUUUACUCCCGCCCCGCAUCAUUUAAAUCUGUAUUUCAUUGAUGCACAAUUUACAAAAAUCUUCAUGCAACUCUUUUCUGCAAAAACAACAGUUCAUACUGGCUAUGACUUUCAAAAUGAUAAGAAAGACAAUAAAUAUGCCAUGAAGGUAGUCCAAAUGAUGCGUAUGCUGUUUUUAUAUUGCUGUUGAAUUCAAAGCACAUACUACUCUUACUAUUUCUGCCAUAGAAAGAUAUGGUAAACAUAGUAGGACUGGUAUACUAGUAUGCGGCACAAGUCUUCUUGAGUCGUUUGAUACUUUUAUUCAAUGAAAAUUCACAAAGCAAUACAGAAAAUGCAUGCAUCAUAUGACGCUUUCUUUUUGUCACUAUGAAAAAUUCCUGAUACAAAAAUAAUAUGGGUUUGAAACGAUACAAGGGGUGAUUAAAUGAUUUUUUUCACAUAAUUAUUUCCACUUAUGAUCAAUCAGGAAGCGUCUUUUUAAAUCACUCUGUGAAUGACUUCUAUUUAUACUGUGUGUGCUCUUAUUAAAACAUGUUCUAAUAAAAAACGAGCUUCUGCUUUUAAAGAAA